AUGCACCCACAGGCAGACAAUGACUCAAUGACAGACAUGCACCCACAGGCAGACAAUGACGCAACGACAGACAUGCACCCACAGGCAGACAAUGACUCAAUGACAGACAUGCACCCACAGGCAGACAAUGACGCAACGACAGACAUGCACCCACAGGCAGACAAUGACGCAACGACAGACAUGCACCCACAGGCAGACAAUGACGCAACGACAGACAUGCACCCACAGGCAGACAAUGACACAACGCCAAACAUCCACCCACAGGCAGACAAUAACACAACGAGAGACAUGCACCCACAGGCAGACAAUGACACAACGACAGACAUGCACCCACAGGCAGACAAUGACACAACGACAGAGAUGCACCCACAGGCAGACAAUGACACAACGACAGACAUGCACCCACAGGCAGACAGUGACACAACGACAGACAUGCACCCACAGGCAGACAAUGACACAACGAGAGACAUGCACCCACAGGCAGACAAUGACACAGUGACAGACAUGCACCCACAGGCAGACAGUGACGCAACGACAGACAUGCACCCACAGGCAGACAAUGACACAACGACAGACAUGCACCCAUAG